GUGUAGCCAGUCACAGUCCUGUGAGCCUCGACGAGCAUAGGUAUACCUUCACUCGCCAAAGGUAAUCCAUUAGAAUCGGCAACAGUAUUGCUCGACCUGUUGGACCCUCUCGACAACAUGAAGCUUUUGGCUGCACUUCUACUCGGCGUCGUUGCUGCCCUGGCCGCAGCUUCUAACGACAACGUACACGACUCCACGAUUUUGGACACACUCGCAAGAGACAAGAGAAGCCUAGGAGUCGACGAAAGCUUCAAAAAGGACGUGGAAAUCAAAACCAAAGCAGGAACUUCGAUAAAGAUAUCGAAAAGCGUUAGCUACAACGACGGUGGUGCGGUGGCCCAUUUGCCGAUGCUUAUCGACAGCCUUGGCAGCAACAAAGUUCGAGUUCUCCAACAGUUGCAAAACAAGCGCCAUCACGGCGUCGGUGGUGUCGAAGUAGGCGUCGGAACUGGAGGUCAAAUCGGCGUUGGUGGAGAUAUAGGUGCCGGUUUUGGCGGAGACAUCGGUACUGGAAGCCAUGUUGACGUUGGCACUGGAGUCGGUGGAAAUGGCCAUGUUGCUGUAGGCGGUCAAAUUGGCACCGGUGUCCAUAUCGGAAUCGGAGGCCAAGUUGGCACCGGUGCUCAGAUCGGUAUCGGAGGUCAGGUUGGCACUGGCGGUCACAUCGUUACAGGAGGUCAAGUCGGCCAUCACGGACUGUUGACCGGUCACCACAAUGGACAAAGUCCUCUUCACGGACUGGCCCAACUCAUUCACUACAAACACGCGCUGAAGAAGCAGAGACUUCUCAAUAUCGCUCAUCACGGCCAGGUCGGCGUUGAAUCUGCUGGACAUCAUCAUGGACUGUUAGCCGGUCACGGUGGACUUCACGGACAGACUGGUGGUCUGAAAUCCUUGCUCGCGCGGAAACACGCACUGCUCGUCGAAAAAAUGUCCAGAAAACUCAUCGCUCUGUCGGCGAACAAGCCCAUCGGCGCGCCGUGCUGCCCCACUGGACCUUGUUGCCCUGGAAAUCAAGGUUGACCUUCUAAUAGCUGUUAUGCUUGAUGAAACUUAUUCGACUAAAAAUAAAACUAUGUACUAUGACUUUUUCACGAUUUUUAAGAAAUAAAGACGAUGCAAAUGUGAAUUUUAAA